GUUAUCGCCAAUGAGACAACAACGCGCCAAAUUUGUGAAAAAUCUUCGGAAGUCAGUGCAGCAGGAUGAAGACGUGCGUCUGAGCUAUAAGGAUAGCUACAUGUGGCAGUCGCUGCUGUGUGAAAAGGCUGAGCAGCAUGGCGGUGCCUUUUGUGCAGGACUGGGACGUUGUUCAGACUCUGGGAGAAGGAGCCUACGGAGAAGUGAGGCUGCUGGUGAACAGACAGACCGAAGAGGCGGUAGCAGUGAAGGUCAUCGAUACCUCGCAGGCAAAAGAGUGUGCUGAAAAUGUCAAGAAGGAGGUCUGCAUCCACAAGAUGCUCAAACACACCAACAUUGUACGCUUCUUUGGCCAUCGGAAGGAAGGACCGACUGUGUACCUUUUCCUGGAGUACUGCAGCGGGGGAGAGCUGUUUGACCGAAUCGAGCCUGAUGUAGGGAUGGCUGAAAAGGAUGCUCAUAGAUUUUUCCAGCAGCUAAUAGCAGCUGUGGAGUACCUCCAUGAUUUUGGCAUCACACAUAGAGACAUAAAGCCAGAGAACAUUUUGCUGGAUGACAAAGAUAACCUGAAGCUGACAGAUUUUGGCCUGGCAACCAUGUUUCGCUUUAAAGGCCGAGAGCGUCUUCUGAAUCGAUUGUGUGGGACUCUUCCCUACGUGGCUCCGGAGCUUCUGAGCCAAACAGAGUACAGAGCUCAGCCUGCAGAUAUCUGGGCUUGUGGCAUAGUCCUCACUGCCAUGCUGGCUGGUGAGUUGCCGUGGGACCAGCCAACUGAGAGCUGUCAGGAGUACGCAGACUGGCUUCAGAAGAAAACAUAUCUACCUCCUUGGAAGAAAAUACAACCACUGCCUCUUAGUUUGUUAUCCAAAUUGCUGCUGGCCAGUCCAGAUGCACGCAUCUCCAUCACAGACAUCCAGAAAGACCGCUGGUUUACUGAAGGAGUGAAGCAGCCAACAAGUUUUCUGCACUCAGGAGGGAACAACAGUCUUCGAUCUGAUGGGUCACUCAUAUCUCGGGCCAACAGUGACGACAGGAUGCAGUUUUCCAGCUCUCAGCCUGACUUUGCAGCCGGUGGCUGGGAAGCCAUGUUGUUAAUUAGUCAAAAUGACGGUCAAGUCAGCUUCUCCCAGCCGACCAAACCUGAGCACAUGUUACUGGGUAGUCAGUUACUAGGUACACCGGGAGCCAGUCAGUCGCCGUGGCAGAGGUUAGUGCGGAGAAUGACGCGUUUCUUCACUACUGUCAGUGCUGAUGCCUCCUUAACUGCCCUGAAAGACAUCUGUGAAGCCCUGGCACUUGGCUUCAAACUCACUAGCACCAAACAGGUGACCGUGAGCACGCUUGACAAACGCAAUAAUAAGCUCAUCUUUAAAAUUCAUUUGUUUGAUAUGAAUCAGAGAGUGCUGCUGGACUUCAGACUGUCUAAGGGCGAUGGUUUGGAGUUCAAGCGUCUCUUUGUGAAGAUCAAACACAAGCUCGGUGACAUAAUCAGCACUCAAAAGAUUUUGGUCCCCAUCUAAGUGAGCAGAUCUUCACACAAAUGCUCUCUACUAUGGACUGUAGAGAGGCAAACCUGUGUAUAUAUUUACUUGUUUUGUUGAUGUUUUUCAUGUAUUCUGCUGUUGAGUGAGUAUGAGUAUGUCUACAUUGUCAUUUGUGUUUUUGCUAUUAAAGACUGAUGUUCUCUGAUUAUGUUUAAACAGUCCAAAGUCUUGAAUAAAUUAUUAAAAGACCAAA